CUUUAAUCUCGAGGCAAAUUCAGAUGCUGCUGAAGGGAGAAGAGUUUUUCUACUGCAUCCAACGUAGAGAGCAAACGCACCGACGUGCUCCUGCCACUGACACACACAGCGACACUGAGGAAGGAUGCAGCCGCACACUCCUGCUGCGAUAUGAACGGGAUAUGUUCUGAUCUUCUCCUCCUCUAAUAAGGAUUAGACGAAGUUGAACUAUUAAUUGUUUUUAAUUUCGAACUACGGUGCUAUAGAACAACAUGUUACUUUGAUGCGGGUUUUUUUUGUCUCUUCGUGAACAUCAAAUGUAUUUUUCUCCCAUUUCAAUGAGAAUUAGGUCAUGAUCACAUCGCCUGCAUUGUCUGUUCUGAGAAAUAGUGUCGUGAAUCCGGUGUGGGAGCGCAGUUCUUCAGGGGAGAAGGGCGCAACGACAAUCAACAAGCCAUUUCUUCAUCUCGUCUCUCCCUCAGACCCUUUAAGGCAGGCUAAUCGUAUACCCAUAAAGAUUUUGAAAAUGCUUACUGCACGGGGAGGUCAUAUUUUGCACCCGGAGUACCUUCAACCUUUGCCAUCAACCCCUAUCAGUCCCAUCGAGCUGGAUGCCAAGAAAAGUCCGUUGGCUCUCUUAGCACAGACCUGCUCUCAAAUCGGUAAACCAGAUCCUUCGUCCUCUUCCAAAAUCUCAUCCGUAACCUCAAAUGGAUCUAGUGACAAAGAGACCAAACCCGGACCACUAAAAAUGAGUGACAUUGGAAAUGAAGACAAAUCAAGCUUCAAACCCUACUCCAAAUCAUCGGAGAAGAACAAGGACUCCUCAUUCGGCAGCGGCAGUCUGAGUGGAGAUAAAGCUAGUUUCCGAGUGCCUAGCGCCACCUGCCAGCCGUUCACCCCCAGGACAGGCAGCCCCAGCUCCUGCCACUCUGUGUCUCCGCUGCCGUCAGAUGGUAAGCAGGGAGACACAGAGGAAAAGAAGAAGGAAUUUGAUAGCAAUAAAAACAGUACAACGGAGAGCAGCAGCGGUCACAGCCGGAUAUGUGGGGUUAAUGGUGAGGUUAACCAACGCCAGGAGAACACUUCUGGUUCAAAGGCUAUCACAUCAGACUCACUCACAUCUGUCUCCUCGUCAUCAUCUGUUCUGGGUUCAGGAGGACUCGUAGCGCCCGUCUCCCCCUACAAACCUGGUCACAGUGUUUUUCCCCUACCGCAUUCCGGCAUGACCUACCCUGGAAGUUUAGCAGGUGCGUAUGCAGGCUAUCCCCAACACUUUCUCCCUCAUGGAAUGACUUUAGACCCGACGAAAUCUAGCAGUCAACUACUAAGCGCUCAGUUUGCCAGCCAACUUCAGUGCAGUAAGGCUGGGAGCCCCUUGUCCAGGUCUUCUCCUCCGUCUCUAAUGUCUGCUAGCCUGUGCAGAGACCCGUACUGCCUGAGUUACCACUGCCCGAGCCACUUAUCCGGUGCCUCCGGUGCCUCGCAGUGCCAUGAAUCCUCGGCUUUGAAGUCAGGAUACCCUCUCAUGUACCCAACUCACCCUUUGCAUAGCGUGCAUUCCUCGCCGCCAUCUUUUGCUGGACACCCGUUAUACCCCUAUGGCUUCAUGCUCCCAAAUGACCCUCUGCCACACGUCUGUAAUUGGGUGUCGGCUAACGGACCUUGUGACAAGCGUUUUUCUUCCUCAGAAGAGCUUCUCAACCACCUAAGGACUCACACUGCAUUUGCGGGGACGGAGAAGUUGAUAUCAGGGUACCCGGGUUCAUCUUCGCUAGCCAACGCUGCCGCGGCCGCCAUGGCUUGCCAUAUGCACAUGCCCCCGAACGGGGCGCCGGGAAGCCCUGGAACGCUCACACUCAGGAGCCCGCAUCACCCUCUGGGACUGAGCACGCGCUAUCACCCCUAUUCAAAGAGCCCCCUGCCACCCGGCGCAUCGAUUCAGAUGCCCGCUGCAACAGGUUCAUAUUACUCUCCCUAUGCCUUGUAUGGACAGAGGCUCACCACGGCAUCGGCAUUAGGAUACCAGUAGAAGAUGCAGGACAGACCGACAUACGGACAAGAACUAUACAUUUAUAAAGGAGAUUCUACGCCUAAAUGACAUUAUUUGGGAUGUAUUUCAUGCAGGACAGGAUCCGUGGGCUCAAUGUAUUUAUUUGCGAUAGCUACAAGCGUGACAAAAAUAAAGUAAUUAUAAUAUAAUUGGUAAGAAGCUCAAGGUGCAUUAUUUUUGUUGUUUUUUUUACAGUUAAGAUGUAGGCUUUAUUUGAUGACGCCAUUUUGAUGUUACAUUGACAUUACAAGUCAGUAUGUACAUGUUGUUUUUUGAAAUGCUAAUUUUUUGACUUUUAUGUUUCCUACAUACAAAAGUCUGCAGCCUAUUCGUUAUUUUUUUCAUUGUGUUUUUCAUCGGAAAAGCGGUUGCCUAUUUCUGUGUCUGUUGGGCCUAUACCGCACAUUGCAAAUCACUUUUCCACGUUAGGCUAUGCCUUAGAAUGACAUGUUUAAAUCAUUUUUCUGGUAAAUUGGGCUCUCUCAUAUUUCUUCAUAAAUUACAUUAUUCAUUCCACAAGCUAAAUCAGGUUUAUGAACCUGGUAGGUUGUUUAUGGAAUAAAUAAUUCGACCUAAAAAUGACUUAAUGAUAAACACUUGAGUAUGUGGGACAUGAGCAUAAUUGGUCUGUUUAAAAAAAAAAAAAAUCGAUGCAAUUUAAUUUGUGGAAUUGCAUUUAAUAUGUGUGUAAGCCUAUUUCCAUUUUAAGUCUGUGCCACAUAAACUUCAUUUUAGUAACAUUU